AUGGAAAGUAUUGAUUUAGAAUCUAUUGAAGAAAACAUAACGGAAUGGUGGGCUCUGAAUUGUCAGAAAAUUGACCGUUUUUCACUCGAAUUUUGUGAAAUCAUCAAAAAUCUUGAGGAAGGUACAUUUGUGCUUAAUUUCAAGAAGAAGGCUUCACCAUGGAUGCUCAAGUACAAUCACAGUUUUUGGUUAGAGGCUGACCAGGAACAAGGUCUUGCUAACCAAAUUAAUCAGCUCAUCAGCCAACAGAAGACUAAUCCUAUUAAUAUUUUGCAACUUUACUUGAAAGUUUUGGACGACCUGACUUAUCAACAAGACCUAAACAGCAUCAUUGGUGAUGCAGACAUGGAGCCAGAUUGAGAAGGAGAAGACCAAGACGGAUGGUCAGAUGAAGAAGAUGCAGCCAUAGAAGUAAGAAAUGAUCAAGAAGAAAAUGUCAAAGAUCAUAUUUCUAAGUAUAAUGCCAGACUAGCCAGUAAGGAAGGUAUCAAGUUGUUCAGACAAUCGAAAAUAACUAAAAGUGCUAUUGAAAUGCAGCAAUUGAUAGAUAAGAACCUCUCUAAAGAUGAUUGCUAUUUGUCUCUCCAGAUAUUUGAACCAUUGAUGAUUAUAAAAGUGACUAUCGAUCUUAACUUCCAACAAUUAUCACCCACAGUUUAUGAGUCAAUAGGAUUCGAGAUGCAUGAGUUGGUAGAAUAUUUGCUUAUUUUUGAGGAUAACAAGCUGCUUAUGUUCAGAGAUGAUCCAAGUUUACCAACUAAAGAUCUUCAAGAGCUACUCAACCUAGGAAUACUAAAGAUUGAGUUUUGCCAACUAGAAAAUAAUUAUUUGCAAGAGAGAUACAAAGCAUAUCUUCAAAUACUGCACGAGAGCUACUUUAACAUGAAAGAUGAUGAAGUUAUAACAGCCCCAGAAACUAAGCCAAUACAUAUCUCAGAGAGUGACAAAAUCAGAAAGGAGCUCUUACAAAUAGGGUUCAGUUCUGCUCAAGCAAACUCUGUAUCAAAAAUAACCAACAACAUUGAUGAAGCUGUGAACUACUUACUUGAUGAAAACCCAUUGCCUGAAGAAACUAAGGAAGAUCAUAAAGAAGAUAUUAUGGUUGAAGAUGGUAGGAUGGUUGAAUGUGACGAUCCUAAGUAUAAAUUGUUUUCCAGCAUUACUACAGAAGACCUUAAGAAAAACCCUGUGCUGAGUUACUUCAAACAUGUCUUGUUCUCACUAGAUAGCAUUCCUGACUACUGAUGCAUCUGCAGAGACAAACUUUCUACUAAGGCAAACACAAUCAGGUGUUGUAACAAAGAACUUUGAGAGUUUUCUUUUGAAGAGUCACAAGGGGUUGCCAUCAUGCCUGAAAUCAAGAAAGAUCCUGAAGUUUUUGCUCUGAACUUGUCUAUCUUCAGUGAAUGUCUCAUGAGUGAACGGGUCCACAAGAUAUUUGAGCCAUUUCCUUCGUUCUUCUUGAAAGACAAAGAGCUGAGAACCAAGAGGGGAUAUCUCGAUAAUGUGAUAAAAGCUAGAAUAGAAGGAGGACAAGCACACGAUGUAAAUGAGAUCAACAAAGAUAUUGACAAAAUUAGAAGGCUGUUUAAGAGAGUUCCAUCUAUUCAAAAAUGAAUUUCCAAGUGCUCAGAUGAUGAAGUUUUACUCUCAAUUUUAGAAAAAGAAGUUAAGAAUACCGAAGAUUCUAUAUUGAUCUAUAAACUUCUUCAGUAUCUGACUACCACGAGCCGUGUCAGUGUGAAGAAACUGAAAGAUAGCCAUAAGUGAAGCGGCUCUUCUAAAAUCGAGGAAUAUAUUUUGUAUAAUAAUGAAGUCCAUGAUGAAAAUCUGUUUCAAAGCAGAAAAUCUGAACUAGGAUCUCUAUGGUCCUUCCACGGUAGCCAGAUUGAAAACUGGUAUAGCAUUCUCCGUAAUGGGCCUAGAAAUUUAUCGGCCACCAAAAUGAUGAAUAACGGUAAAACGCAUGGAGAAGGAAUAUAUUCAACAAAAGAAAUUGAUUUGGCUUUAGUAUACAGCAAUAAGCCCAAGAAAGAUUCCUAUUGUGUUUCAACUAUUCCUCAAAGUUGGAAGCAUAGCACCUGAAAAGAAAAAGUUAUUAUAGGAGUGUUUGAGAUCAUCAGCGAAAAGAAUAUUACAAUAAAAACGGUCAGUAAUCGUGAUUAUAUUAUUUGACCAAACGAUGAAUGUAUCAAGCUUAGAUAUAUCUGGAUAAUUGCCUCAAAUUGCACAGAGAUUCCAAAUAAAAGGAGACUUUCUGAGCAACUAAAUUUCUCAGUGAAAUAUUACUCAACUGUUAAGGAUAUUCAAGAAGAGCUCUUAAAUAACAGAAAGCUCAGACUUAAAGCUUCCUACGAGAGAGCCAAAGCUAGAUAUCAUGAAGAGAUGGUCAUGAGGGAUAAACUCCAAGCCCAGCUUGAUGAGCGUGACAAACUAGAACAAGAUAAGCAGUAUGACGAUAAAAUACAAAAGCUGGAGGCUAGUUUCACAGGAAAAGGCAGUGUCAUUGCUACUAAGAGAAUCCUCAAAGAGUACAAACACUUCCAGACUUCUACUGAUAUUGAGAACUUUGAGAUCAAGUUCAAAGGCGACAACUUCUAUCAGUGGAGUGUGGUGCUAGACAUCCUCAAGUUCGAACUGACUCCUGAACUCAAAGAAGACUUCCAGUGGGUUAGAGAUAAAAGUGGGAUUAACCCGACACUGCAGUUUGAAGUGAUCUUCCCAGCUUCGUUUCCUUUUGAUCCUCCGUUCAUCAGAGUAGUGCAGCCGAUCUUUAAGUUCCGUACUGGCCACGUGACCAUUGGUGGAUCAUUGUGCAUGGAAAGCCUGACUCCAUCAGCUUGGUCAUCAGCAAGAUCGAUUGAAGGGAUUUUCAUAGAAAUCUUGAGCAUAAUACUACAAGGUGAAGCCAGACUGGAUAAGAAGAGACUAGGACGCAGUUACUCAAUUCAAGAGGCAAAAUUAGCAUUUGAAAGAGUAGCAAAGCAUCAUGGAUGGCUCUAAGAAU